AUGAGCGCCCCGCUCGUGCUCAGCCCUCGCUGGCACGCGGACACCGUGAUGUUUGUGUACGACAACAACCGGGACGAGCUCAACAAGAACAUGGAGGCGACACACGCGCGUAACCUGCUCAGCGGACACGUGCACUCCUCUGCAGGCGGCCUGGUGCACUCCUCUGCGGGGGGGCUCAUGCACUCGUCUGGGGGGCUGGUGCACUCCUCUGGGUACCCUUCCGUGGAGGUGUCGGUGUCCGGCUCCGGGGACAACGCUGUGACCGGGAAGCAGUGUGCGGCUCCGUGCUCCGCGGUGCCGCAGAGCGCCUCCGCCCCCGCGCUCUCCUACGGAUACUUUGGAAACGGCUACUACCCGUGCCGCAUGAGCCGCGGGGCCCUGAAGUCCUGCCCUCAGGCCGCGGGCUCCCAGUACAUGGACACCGCCUCCUCCGAGGACUACUCUGUGAACCAGCGGGCCAAGGAGCUGGCCUUCUACCACAGCUACCCCGCGCCGUACCAGUCCAUGGCCAGUUACCUGGACGUGUCCGUGGUGCAGACGCACGACACGCUGCUGCCUGUGGACACGUACCAGCCCUGGGCCCUGACCAACGGCUGGAGCCCGCAGAUGUACUGCAAGGACCAGGGCCCGCAGCUGUGGAAGAGUGCACUGGCAGACGUGGUGGCGCACCAGCACGACGGCUCGCCAUUCCGCCGCGGCCGCAAGAAGCGCAUCCCGUACACCAAGGCGCAGCUGAAGGAGCUGGAGAAGGAGUACGGCGCCAACAAGUUCAUCACCAAAGACAAGCGCCGCAAGAUCUCCGCCGUCACCGGCCUCUCCGAGCGCCAGAUCACCAUCUGGUUCCAGAACCGCCGCGUCAAGGAGAAGAAGUUCGUGGCCAAAGUGAAGACCAGCGCCCCCUAG